ACUUCCAGCUCGGCUCGGCUCGGCUCGGCUCGGAGCAGGCAGAGCGGGGCCGCCCAGCCCUGCGAGGCCCAGCGUGCCAGCAGAAGCCAUGGCACUGGUGGUUCACAUCCUCGCCUGCCUCCUGGGCACCGGCUCGUGGGUGGCCAUCAACGGCAUGUGGGUGGAGCUGCCCCUCAUUGUGCCCCGGGUCCCGGAGGGCUGGUACCUGCCAUCCUACCUCACGGUGCUGAUCCAGUUUGCCAACGUGGGGCCGCUCUUCGUCACCCUCAUGCACCACUUCCAGCCCGGGCGGCUCAGCGAGGCCGGCACCAUCUACACCAUCGUCAGCCUCGGGGCGCUGGCCUGCGUCCUGCUGGCCUUCUUCUGGCAGGCAACCAGCGUGGUGGGGGGCACAACCCGCAGCACCGCCCUCCUCGUCCUCCUCUUCUUCCUCUCCCUGGUGGACUGCACCUCCUCCGUCACCUUCCUGCCCUUCAUGCUGCGCUUCCGGGCCCGGUACCUGACCACCUACUUUGUGGGCGAGGGGCUGAGCGGCCUGGUGCCCGGCCUGGUGGCCCUGGCCCAGGGCGUGGGGGUGGUCCAGUGUGUGAAUGGCAGCCUGGCAGGGAACGCCUCGGGCAUGGGGCUGCGGGCAGAGUACCAGCCGGCCCGGUUCUCCGUUAGCCUCUUCUUCCUCUUCCUCGGUGGCAUGAUGGGCCUGUGCCUCGCCACCUUCGUCCUGCUCAACCACCUGCCAGCCGCCCGGCAGGAGCGGGCCAAGGAGCGGUUCCAGGCCCAGGCCCGGGUGGAGGCCGGCGCAGGCCUGCAGGCCGUGGUGGAGGAGCGGCCCAUGAUCAGCCCCACCGAGAUCCACCGGCUCAGCAGCUACUUCGGCACCGGCACGUACUCCUGGCGCCAGGUGGCCUACAUCUUCCUGGUGCUGGCCUGGGUCAACGCGCUGACCAACGGCGUGCUGCCCGCGGUGCAGUCCUACUCCUGCCUGCCCUACGGCAGCUCGGCCUACCACCUCUCGGCCACGCUGGCCGCCAUGGCCAACCCGCUGGCCUGCUUCUUCGGCAUGAUCCUGCCCAACAGGUGUUUGCUGCUGCUCGGGCUCCUGACCGCGGCCGGCUCCGGGUUCGGCUGCUACAUCCUGGCCAUGGCGGCGCUCAGCCCGUGCCCGCCCCUGCUGCACAGCCACGCCGGAGCGACGCUCAUUGUGCUGUGCUGGGUUCUCUUCGUGGGCUCGCUGUCCUACGUGAAGCUGAUGAUCGGCAUGAUCCUGCGGGACGAGGGGCACAGCGCCCUGGUGUGGUGCGGGGCCGUGGUGCAGCUGGGCUCCAUGCUCGGGGCCCUCACUAUGUUCCCGCUGGUCAGCGUCUACAGCCUCUUCCGCUCCGGAGACCCCUGCACCACCCGCUGCCCCAGCUGAGACCCGCCGUGGCCUCCAGCCGGGGGGACGCCAGGGCUGCCAGCUCAGCCCUUGGAACACUAGUCCUACUGGCCCAGCACCGCCGCCCUCUGCUGGGUGAAAUCAGAACUGCGCCAGCCACUAUCAUCAGCACUAUACUGCUGUCAGCUACUGGGGAUUCACCAUUAGCUCAAGUAGGUGGGCCUGGGCUGAGGAGCUGGAGUUUUUGACCUCUGUACUUGGUGUCACUGUGGUGCAGGGAGUGGCCAGUGUGCAGUGCAGAGAGAGCUCGCAUGGCCUAGAAGGCCACAGGUGUGUUUGUUCCACUCAGGUUAUUACACUGUGCCCACCACCCUGGCAUCCUGGCCCCCUGGGGACAAUUCUAAGCACUGAGCAAGAGCCUCUCCAUUAACCCCCUGGUAGAGCAGGAUUAUGCCCAUUUUACACAUGGGGAAACUGAGGCACUGGGUGGGGAAGGGACUUGCCCAAGGUCACCCAGCAAGUCAGUGGCUGAGAUGGGACUAGAACUCAGGAGUCCUGCCACCCGCUUUUGUGCAGGAUGACAGGAGCAGCCAAAUGCCUUCAGAGCUCCCCAUCACCUGGGCACUGGAACAUGGCACCGGGCUGCGUUCGUUCGGCUGCUGAGCUGCCUGGUAAAAGCUGCUCCAGGGCAGGGCUGCCCAGAGGAUUCAGGGGGUCUGGCACAAAGCAAUUUCAGGGGCCCCUUCCAUAAAAAAAAGUUGCAAUACUAUAGAAUACAAUAUUCUCAUGGGGGCCCCUGUGGGGCCCAGGGCCUGGGGCAAAUUGCCGCACUUGCCCACCACCCCGGGCAGCCCUGCUCCGGGGAACAAGUCCCCCUCCCCACAGGGAAUGUGAAACAUCAGACCAGGGUGGGCUGGAGCCAUCCCCCCAGCCAGCUGUCCUGGCUGAGCCUAUCCUGAAAUGGCCAGUGGGGGGACAGAGUAGCAUGGCCUCCCUGCUUAGACUAAAGGUCACCGGGUGUGAUGUGUAUGAAACCCAUUGGUCAUGGGGUUUGUUCCCUCUGGCAGCUGGGCCACAGAAGAUAAGAGCCUACUACUGCUGCAUCUGCAGUUCAUGACCAGAGCGACUCCUCUAGGUCAAACAGCACAAGUCUAUGGCGUGAAACCAAAGGGCCCCAGUUCUAAUCCUGCUGCCUACGUGUGCAUGAAAUGUUCCCUGCAAGGCAGCCUGCCCCCCUGAGGGCAGCUAACACCUAGCAGGGGCCCCAGACUGCUCUUAGGGCAGGUUCUAGGAAAGGCAGGGUGGGGGACCGCAACAGCCCCCAGAUGUGACCCUGUGAGGGGCAUUAAUCCCUGGGGGGAGGUUUGGCUCCCAUUCUGUGUCUUGCCUGCAACCCAGCCCACAGGUUCCCAAACAAGCUCCCAGAGGCCAUUGUUCUGGCUGGGGGGGACAGCUGUGGGGGAUGGGAGAGCUGGGGAUGUCUUUAGGUGAGGGACAGGAUCUUUAAGCCUGUAACCUGAGCCAGGUAGGGGGGAGGGGGUUAGCACCUUGGCCUGGGAAGCUGGACAAAGGAAUCGGCCGGCUGGAGGAGGGGCAGUUCAGUUUCGGUUUUGGGCUGGAUGAGGGGAAUUCAGGGGAUCCUAUGCUGGACCCAGGCACCCUGAAACUCCAGAAGGACUCGAUUGAGGGAUCCUGACUGUGCCUGCAAGCUCUGCUGUAACCUGCAUUCCUGUUGUCCAAUAAACCUUCUGUUUUACUGGCUGGCUGAGAGUCACUGUGGGUCCCAGGAAGAGGGGUGCAGGGCUGGACACCCCCACACUCCGUGACA